CUAAUUUUCUCAUCCCUCUUAUUUUUUUUGUCACUUUGAGUCGAGAGAGCUAGCUUCUUCUCUUAGUGAUCCGACCCAACUUUUUUGGCCGUAGAUUCUUCUACAUUCUGACGUCCCGUUGGAGAUCAUUCCAAAUUCGAUGCUGCCCGCGUGAUUUCGGACUCUAAUGACGUCGGCCAUCUUAACUAGCCUCGAUGAACCUAGCUGGGGAAAAUCUGCUGCUGGAUUGAUGAGGAAGUCCUCGCAUUCAAACAAUUUCAACACUAACCCUAAAUUGCAUUCCAUCCCCAACAAGAAGACACAAAAUUUCCCCCUUCUCCAAGAUUUUCCAUCCCUCACGCAGACAUCCGACGAUGCGCAUUCGUUUAGUCAGAGGCCGUCGGAUUCCGAUGAUUUCGAAUGCGGUGGUAAACUUACCUAUAACAUUAGUUCGUAUACAAGGAUCGAGCUAAUUGACCUGAAAAGAAAGUUGACUGCAGAGCUUGAGCAGAUUCAAACCCUCAAAGAUCGUGUGGAUGCCGGAGAUUUUCAAUCUCAACGUCCGCCUCACCAACUUGCUGCCAAGGACAGGAAUGGUUCUGGUAAAAAGAGGCCUCUUCCUUUUGUUUCGGAAAAGAAUUCAUCUAGACCCCCUCCUGCAGUCGUUCCAGCUAGUAGUAGAUUAAAUGCAAAAGAAAUCAAUGAUAUAAUGAUGGUCUGCAGACGCUUUCUUACUACAUUGUUGAAGCAAAAACGUUGCUGGGUUUUCAAGAAACCUGUUGAUGCUGCCGCUUUAGGGCUUCACGACUAUCAUCAGAUAGUAAAGCAUCCCAUGGAUCUUGGUACGGUAAAAGUGAAAUUAUAUAACUCUUCAUACAAGACCCCUUUGGAUUUCGCUGCAGAUGUCAGGUUGACUUUCAACAACGCUAUUUUGUAUAAUCCAAGAACCGAUGACGUGCAUCGUUGGGCUGUUGAGUUGCUUGAUCGUUUUGAAGAAUUGUUUAAGCCUGUAGAAGAAAGGUUGAUGGGACCAUCCCGGACAGAGAAACAGCCCCAGCUGCGACAGAAUUCUUGGAAUCACAUUCCAACCCCUGAAAUUGAUAGAUCAAAUAAGCCAAGAUCGAAUGGGAAUGCUGGGAAUGCGAUCCCGCACAUUGAAUUACCACCAGUGCUUCCAUCAUCAAAAAACCCUCCUCCAUCAGUUCCGCCACCUUCAAGAACUACCAUGAGACAACCGAAGCCUAGCGCAAGAGAUCCUAAUAAAAGAGAAAUGAGUAUGGAAGAGAAGCAAAAGCUUGGUGUAGGGUUAGAGAGUUUACCUCAGGAAAAGAUGGCACAACUUAUGCAUAUUAUGAAGAAGAGAAAUCAACAUCUAGUGCAGGAAGGAGAUGAGAUUGAGCUCGAUUUUAGUUCUCUUGAUACAGAAACACUAUGGGAGCUUGAUCGAUUUGUGACAAACUGUAAGAAAAUGAUGAGCAAGACAAGAAGGGAAGCACUCAUGGGAAACCCUUCAAAUCAAGCUGAUGAUCCCACAAGCUCGGCUUCACCUUCAGAUGAAGAAAAUGUGGAUGAUACAGUAAAGAAAGCGAAGAAAUGGGAAGUUGGAGAAGAAGACGUUGAUAUAGGAGAUGACGAUAUGCCUAUGAAUACUUUUCCUCCAUUGGAGAUUGAGAAGGAUGAAGGUUCCAGCAGUGAUACAUCAUCAUCAUCUUCAUCGAGUGACUCAGAGGACUCUCGAAGCUCGUCAGGCAGUGAUUCUGAUGCACAGUCACGUGGGGAGGCUACUUGAAGCAUUUUGGGGUUUUUUCUAUGUUACUGUUAUCUAGAUUUAGAUUAGUUGGUUGGGACAUAAGAGAGACAGACAUUAUAGUAUAAUAGUAGUUAGAUCGCUAGCUAGUUAGUGAGAAAGAAGAAGAGUGAAUAGAAGAGAUUGUUUGAUUUGUAUGGAUUCAAUCUCCUUGGCUAGAGAGAGCAACAUUAUUAUUAGAACAAAGGAGUUAUGGCCUCUGAGAUAUGAUGAAUUCCGUGUACAGUUUUCUUCUCUAUAAAGUUAGUAAAUCUGUUUAAUUCUGAUUCAAACCCU